AUGUCAUUCACUUUAUCUUCAACGUCUCAGGGGCUACAGCCAAUCCCAGGGCAGGAGGCGCGGUUACAACCUGGACCAGCCAAUCCCAGGGCAGGAGGCGCGGUUACAACCUGGACCAGCCAAUCCCAGGGCAGGAGGCGCAGUUACAACCUGGACCAGCCAAUCCCAGGGCAGGAGGCGCGGUUACAACCUGGACCAGCCAAUCCCAGGGCAGGAGGCGCGGUUACAACCUGGACCAGCAACUCUUCAUGCUCACAUUCACAGCUAGUCACGAAUAACCAUAGACGAACGUUCAUGGACUGUGGGAGGAACCAGGAGAACCAAAAGAGAACAAAAAGAGAAUAUCUUGACAGAUCUAGGUUAGACUUUAUCCUUCACUGUCACUGCAGAUCUAGGUUAGACUUUAUCCUUCACUGUCAUUGCAGAUCUAGGUUAGACUUUAUCCUUCACUGUCACAGCAGAUCUAGGUUAGACUUUAUCCUUCACUGUCAUUGCAGAUCUAGGUUAGACUUUAUCCUUCACUGUCACUGCAGAUCUAGGUUAGACUUUAUCCUUCACUGUCACUGCAGAUCUAGGUUAGACUUUAUCCUUCACUGUCACUGCAGAUCUAGGUUAGACUUUAUCCUUCACUGUCAUUGCAGAUCUAGGUUAGACUUUAUCCUUCACUGUCACUGCAGAUCUAGGUUAGACUUUAUCCUUCACUGUCAUUGCAGAUCUAGGUUAGACUUUAUCCUUCACUGUCACUGCAGAUCUAGGUUAGACUUUAUCCUUCGCUGUCACUGCAGAUCUAGGUUAGACUUUAUCCUUCACUGUCACUGCAGAUCUAGGUUAGACUUUAUCCUUCACUGUCACUGCAGAUCUAGGUUAGACUUUAUCCUUCGCUGUCAUUGCAGAUCUAGGUUAGACUUUAUCCUUCACUGUCACUGCAGAUCUAGGUUAGACUUUAUCCUUCGCUGUCAUUGCAGAUCUAGGUUAGACUUUAUCCUUCGCUGUCACUGCAGAUCUAGGUUAGACUUUAUCCUUCGCUGUCAUUGCAGAUCUAGGUUAGACUUUAUCCUUCGCUGUCAUUGCAGAUCUAGGUUAGACUUUAUCCUUCGCUGUCACUGCAGAUCUAGGUUAGACUUUAUCCUUCGCUGUCAUUGCAGAUCUAGGUUAGACUUUAUCCUUCGCUGUCACUGCAGAUCUAGGUUAGACUUUAUCCUUCGCUGUCACAGCAGAUCUAGGUUAGACUUUAUCCUUCACUGUCACUGCAGAUCUAGGUUAGACUUUAUCCUUCGCUGUCACAGCAGAUGUAGGUUAGACUUUAUCCUUCGCUGUCACUGCAGAUCUAGGUUAGACUUUAUCCUUCGCUGUCACUGCAGAUCUAGGUUAGACUUUAUCCUUUGCUGUCACUGCAGAUCUAGGUUAGACUUUAUCCUUCACUGUCAUUGCAGAUCUAGGUUAGACUUUAUCCUUCACUGUCACUGCAGAUCUAGGUUAGACUUUAUCCUUCACUGUCACUGUCAGACUGAAGGAAAAAGUCUAACCUAG